UCAUUUUGACCCGAAGUUUCCCACCCCUUUCCUUCCAAAGUAAAGGCUAAAAACUAUGAUCAACAUAAAAGACCUUUUCCUUCCCACCUUUUCCACCUUUCUCAAACAUGGAGUUCUUCCUAAGAGCAAAGGUCUUCCGGCUAAAAAGCAGCCACCAGAGCAAGUACUUGUUAGCUGAUCAAGACGAAGAAACAGUCAAGCUAACACGCGAGAUAUCCUUCCAAAACACGCGUUGGUCCUACGAACUUGUUGAGGGAAAAACCAAUGUCAUCCGCCUCAGGAGCUGCCAGAGCUGGAAGUACCUAGCCGCGUCAGAAGAGCAUUACCUGCUUGGCAUGACAGGAAAGCGAGUUGCACAACGACCUUGGCUCGGUCCUACAGUCGAAUGGGAGCCAAUCCAAGAAGGGCCUUACAUCAAACUCAAGAGUCAUACAGGAACAUUCUUAAGGGCAAAUAAAGGACUUCCUCCUUGGAGGAACACCAUUACACAUGAUCUAGCAGGUCAUUGGACAGCAUCUGAAAGCAUGAUUUUGUGGAUUGUUGAUAUUGUUGAGAUUGAUCUUAAGUCAACAAAUGGUGAUUCUAAAUUUAAGGAAAGGGAUAUUAGUGGAAAUGGUGUUCCUUCUUUGUUAAGCAAUGUAGUGGAUCAGAAGUCUUUGUCAUUGUCAAGCACUUCUUCUUUGUCAACUGGGGAUGAUGGCUCUGCUGUGAAUGUUCCUUCCUCUAUUGAGCACUCUGCCUCCUUUAGCCAACUGAAGUCCAUGUUAGCUGGUUUAGAUGAUGUAAUUGAUGAAGUAGAUUCACAAGGAGAAACAUCAGAUACUGAAGGUGUUCUUCCACUAAAAUUAAAGAUGGCCAAACAAACACUCGAAGAAUUGAUGGACAUGGAUUUCGAUGCCAUAAUGUCUUUAGGGAGAUACAAAGAGCUAGAAAACGCGGUAAAUAUGCUUGUUGCUGAUGCAAGAACAUCGCUCCAAAAAACAAUUUCUUACGACCUUACUAAUCUACAAGAGCAACUUAAGGCCAUGAAAAUUGAACAUGACUCGGCCACAAAGGACUUGGUCGAAUAUGCUACAUUUGCUAAUCAGAGAAUGGAGAUCAAGGCCGAGCUAGAGAAGGAAGUGGCAAAGGCUUGUGUGCUAGAGGGUGAUCUCGAGAUAUGGUUUAGCAACGAGUUUGUAGAUGAAAGUGAUAAGACAGACGAGUUGUUGAAGCAACUAGAAGAAACAGAAAACAGCAUCAAGGCUGUGGAAGUGCUCAAAACUAGAAUCGAGAAGAAAAGCAAGAGAUUAGAGGAAAUGGAAUUGGAGGAGGAAUUAUUGCAAGCAAGGAAAGUUAAAGCUGAAAAAAGAUUAGACAAAGUAAAGAAAGAGUGGGGUAAGGCUAAGAGUUCAUUUCAGAAAGUUUUGUACAUUUAGAGGAUUCCAUUUUGCAGCUAUUCAUUUAAUUCAAAGAUAUUUUUUCAUUAUUA